AGGCUGGCCUUCAGCAUUUUGACCUCAUCCGCGCACUCCGCACACUCAUCUCUACGACAGCUAUUUGCUGCAGUUGUCUCACAGAUGGCGCAUGCCGUGUUGUUCGCCAGCCUGGUCGUGGCCAGCGGCGUGUCCAGCCUGGCCUUUGCAGUUGACCUCGAGCUGAUGCAGAUGUCGACAACUGGCACGAAUGCUUCGAGGCAGUCUUUAUCGGCGUCCUCGGUAGUCGUGUCCCACACUCCUAAUGGUCUGACGUCGUGGUUGUGCACACUGAGCAGCAGUGCUACGGCUGACGAAGUGAAGACAUUGUGCAAUGAGUUCCAGAACCCGUUCUGCACCGGCACUGAGGAAUGUCCGCCAGGAGCAAAAUGUCCGGAGAAAUUUGUGCAUGGCUUCUUGACAGAAGCAGAUAAGGACGCGACCAUUAGCAAGUACCCCGCGCUCGUGGUCUCAUCGAAGAGGACCCUUUCGUCAAAAGGGCCUGGGAGCACAUCGUUCCAGACGGAGCCACUCGGCGGACCUACCCGUGGGGCAUCCAAGACAUCGAUGCGGACGUGGUCAGGGGUCGGGGCGCGGGGGUGAACGUGUAUGUGCUGGACACUGGCAUUCUUACAACCCACGUCGAGUUUGGCGGCCGGGCAUUCGCUGGGUUGGACAUGGCUUCCACGGGGACCUACACAGUGUGCACGCCCAGCAGCACAACGUGUGCUGCAGACUUCCAUGGACACGGCACCCACUGCGCGGGCACGGUGGGUUCCUCGACAUAUGGCGUCGCGAAUGGCGCGACCUUGUGGGCAAUGAAGGUCCUCGACGACCAAGGCGAAGGCUUCACAAUGUGGUCCAUUGUUGCCGAACAAUAUGUUUUGACGUCUGGUUUAAGGCCGGCAGUGGUCAGCAUGAGUCUUGGAGGCCCCGGCGCGGUCACAUCGGAGCAGACCUCGAUCAACGCGUUGGUGGCCGAUGGCGUGACAGUAGUGGUUGCUGCCGGGAACCAAAACGAUGACGCGUGCAACUAUAAUCCGGCCUGGAUCCCGUCGGCGAUCACGGUUGCAUCUUAUGAUUCAGCAGGGGCCAAGUCGUCCUUCAGCAAUUACGGCUCUUGCAUCGAUGUCUGGGCUCCGGGCACGUCCAUCAAAUCGACGUACAUCGGCAGCAACACCGCAACGGGUAUUUCUUCUGGCACGUCCAUGGCCUGUCCGCACGUCUCUGGGCUCGCGGCCAUCAUGUACGAGGACAACCCAACAGCGGGAUCCAUGACCGAUUCACAGAGGUGGGCUCUCCUGACGGCUUCGCAGCGCACUGGCUAUGUCACUGGAAUUCCUGCGACCCCGGCCACUGUCAACCUGGUGGCCUUGGCACCCACGCCAGGAACGCCGGCAACUCCGUCACCGACGCCCAGCCCGACGCCCAGCCCGACGCCCAGCCCGACGCCAAGCCCGACGCCCAGCCCGACGCCAAGCCCGACAUCUGGCGCGACAUUGUUAAUGAAGCUGAAGGCGGGCUCCAGCACUUUCCAGUUCGACUCCAGUUAUUGGACAGAUGGCAGUUCGGUGUUGAACGAAGCCAGCGGUGCUUCGAGCAGCGACUCUGACGACGAGGAUGUCAAGAUGUCGGCGUUCAACACAGUUUCGAUCUCUGCCCUCACGUUGUGCUACAAGACGUUGGACAACUGCUACACUUACGAACUGGGCGCGACGUACACCAGCGCGCAAUCGCUUUUCAGCUCGGGUUUCAUCCGCAGCCUCAACAUGGGUUAUGGCUCUGGAACCGCUGCCGAGGGAAAGAAGGCCUGGACCGAUUUGUUUCUGCCGCCAGGAACGGCCACCUGGUACGACGACUUCUGGAAUGGGAACGGAGGUGGCAAUUGCGAUAUGCAGCGGCCGGGAAUCAACACCCAGUGCAAUGAUAACAACUGGGCCCGCAUCGGGUAUUGCGUGAACCUUCCUGACCAGAGUUGCCAGUCCUCUGACGGCAGCGAUGCCGACUCUCCUGUAGGGAUCGGGCUGAAAACGCAGAACUGGCCCAACAAUGUCAACGCCCCUUUCGGUGAGUACUUCAUACAUGGCGCCGGGUCGUCUGGGGUGCAGAGCUUCCAACACCAAGCAUGGCUUUUUGCAGGAUCGGGCCCUGCUCCUGGCGGAGCUGCUGCCACCGGUGAUCCCCACCUUCAAAACAUUCACGGUGACCGGUUCGACUUGAUGAAGGCGGGUAGCCAUGUUCUGAUCAACAUCCCUCGUGGAAUGAGCGCUGAAAACGCUUUGCUUCGCGUCCAGGCCGAUGCGCGCCGACUGGGAGGACAUUGCGCGGAUAUGUACUUCCAGGAGAUGAACAUUACGGGGUCGUGGGCAGAUGCGAAACAGGCUGGUGGGUAUCACUACAGCGUGUCGCAGUAUGAGGUCAAGACUCCCGAAUGGGUUACUCUGGGUAAAGUUGAGCUGAAAGUCGUGCAUGGGCAUACGGAUGGUGGCCUCCGCUACUUGAAUGUGUACGUGAAGCAUCUAGGGCGAGCAGGGUUUGCUGUCGGAGGUCUUCUGGGAGACGAUGACCACGGGGACGUGAUUGUUCCUCCAGAGGCGUGUGCCAAGCGUCUGUCCCUGGUGGACGACGUGCCCGCGGACAAGACGCACAAAACCAAUGUGUUCUCAGUCGCAGAGGCAAGCCUGGCGUGAUCGUGCGCUAUGAUGCGCCCGCUCAUCAGUCGAGCGACGCAGGACAAUGUGGGCCACCAGGACUUCCCUUCGCCGCUCAGCCGCGGUCUGGCCCUCCCGGCGCGCCCACUGGUGAGUUGCUGGUCCAUGUAUCUGCCAGUCCACAGAUGGUUGCGUAGGCUCCUCGGCUUGUUUCUGCCAGCGACACUCGACGAUGACACUCUUGUUUCUGUUCCGGUUCGAUGAAACCAAAUCAAUUCAAAGAAGCAGGGCGGCAACGAUGCGGCAACGGGGCGGCAACUGGGCGGCAACCAGGGCGGCAAUGGUGCUGCAGCGGUGCGGCUGUGCGGCGGCAGCGGGGAGGCAGCGGGCGGGAUCUGUGCGGCAUCGAGUCGAACAGUUGGAAGUCGCAUCCAGAAUCUCGCAAACAGGGGUAAGACCCUGUAAGUGCAAGCGCCUUUUUUCCGGGAAACUCUAGACGCUUCGCGUAACCCCACCAGCCCUGCUUCCCGCACUCGUGCGUUCUGCUGCCUCGGGACUGCGGCUACGGCCACCCUGGGAUUUCGCAGCCUGCCAACGCUCUCGCCUCGUCUCGGCAUUAAUUCGACCUUGACCGACGGUCCUUGAGGCCACCCUGGUACUCACGCAGUGCAUGUUGUAUUGUUUUUCUUAGGGAUUGUAGCCUGCCCACAGCAGGGGAGAUGCAGACACCCACGCCGUCCCUGCCA